AUGGGCUGUCGGGAUGUCCACGCAGCCACAGUCCUCUCCUUCCUGUGUGGAAUUGCCUCUGUGGCAGGCCUCUUUGCAGGGACUCUGCUUCCGAACUGGAGAAAAUUAAGACUGAUCACAUUCAACAGAAAUGAGAAGAACCUAACCGUUUACACAGGCCUCUGGGUGAAGUGUGCCCGAUACGACGGGAGCAGUGACUGCCUGAUGUACGACACUACCUGGUACUCAUCAGUUGACCAGCUGGACCUGCGGGUCCUCCAGUUUGCCCUGCCCCUCAGCAUCCUGAUUGCAAUGGGUGCCCUGCUGCUUUGCCUGAUUGGAAUGUGUAACACAGCCUUCAGGUCCUCGGUGCCCAACAUCAAACUGACCAAGUGUCUGGUCAAUAGUGCAGGUUGUCACCUUGUGGCUGGGCUGCUAUUUUUCCUGGCAGGUACUGUGAGCCUCUCCCCAUCUAUUUGGGUCAUCUUUUACAACAUCCAUCUGAACAAGAAGUUUGAGCCAGUUUUUAUGUUUGACUAUGCAGUGUAUGUCACUAUUGCUAGUGCUGGGGGCCUGUUUAUGACUGCCUUUCUCCUGUUUAUUUGGUACUGUGCAUGCAAAUCUUUGCCUUCUCCUUUCUGGCAACCACUGUAUUCUCAUCCUUCCAGCAUGCAUACUUAUUCCCAGCCCUAUUCAGCACGCUCCCGCCUCUCUGCCAUUGAAAUUGACAUUCCAGUAGUCUCACACACCACCUAGUGGGGAAACAGCUAAUUGUUAAAGAAAACUUUUUGUAGCCUCACAUUCCC